UACUCAUGCAGUCAAGUUCGGUCAAGUUUGUCGGCGUUUUGACCAUUUUGAUUUUACUGUGGUCGUCUUGUCUAAUGGGUCUAAUGCUAGUAACGACAGGUGACGACUGUCAUUCGUUAUCAACACUUGUCAUGCGACGCGACUAGAUAUAACAAUCAUAGCAAUUAGUAGCAUUAGUAGGCUGUUGUAAGGGUCGUGAGCGUCAUGAGUGUUGUGAGAGGACGAAAGUGCGGUUAUGGUAGUCUUGGUACAAAGUUUUCUUUUACGAAAGCAAGGCGUGAUGGUGUGAUGCACAGAUUGGUAAUGUGCAACUUUUCGUAGUUCGAAAGGAAUAUUUUCAUAAUGGCAGCGUUAUUAAAGAAAAGGGCCCUUGCUGAAUAUAGUCAAGUCAUACAGGAACAGCCAAAACCUUUGAAGAAACUACGCCUCGUGAAGAAAUUAAUUUCUGGUAGUUCUGCUGCAGCAUAUGUAGGUCUACUAGAAAAGAGUAAGACAAGCAAUGAUGCAUUACAAGUUCUUCUUAGGAUAUCAGAUUCAUUGAAGUUCCAGGAAGAAGAUUUGGCCGAUGUUGUUAAGAAAUUAGCUGAGCAUUUUCAGCAGGAAAAUGAAUCUGUUGUUCGUGCCAAGAUCUUGUCUUUAUUUGGAGACAUUGGUAAGGAGCCUGGAGCUGACAUACAGAGUAUAAUUGAAGAAAUAAUACAGUUACUGAAGAAGGAAGAAUCUCACAAAGUGAUUGCUCAGGGUAUAUCAGCAUUACUAAGACUUGGGAAGUUAUUACCAGAUAAUGUAUCAGUUCAUCAGAAGCUGGUUCUUGUGGCAAAGCAGUACCUGACAGACACAAGUCACUAUGUGAAGUGCAAAUGUUUAGAAUUGAUUGGUGAGCUACUGCCAGUGGGUGGGAAUUCUGAAAGCAGUGCUCAAACUGUGAUGAGACAUGUUGGUGAUUACACUCGCAGUGAAGAGGCACGAGUGAGAAGUGCUGCCUUCAGAACAAUGCUUACUGUACACGAACGGGGUUCAAAGCUUGACUCAUCUGUGUACUCAGAAGUUUGCCUUGCACUGAAAGAUGAUUAUGAAAUUGUUCGUCAAGUGGCGCUGAAACUGGUUUGGGUGCUCGGCCAAACAUAUCCCGAAAAUACAAUUACACUGGCUGAGAGUGAGGAAGAAAUUCGAUUGGUGGAUGAUGCCUUUGCCAAAGUUUGUCUGAUGAUCAAUGACCUAUCUAUGCGAGUUCGUACUCUGGCAGCACAAUUUCUGGGAACAAUGACUCUUGUCAGUCCAAAGUUUCUUCAGCAGACGCUGGAUAAGAAGCUUAUGUCCAAUAUGAGAAAGAAGUUCUCGGCUCAUGAACGUGCAUGGGAGUCAGUUACUUCAGGUGAAUGGGCGAGUGGAAAGAAAUGGGGUGAUGAUGCUCCCAGAGAACUGAUGGAUGCCGAUUCUGUGAGCCUCAUGAGUAGUGGCUCUUGUGGAGCUUUUGUUCAUGGCUUGGAAGAUGAGUACCAAGAGGUUCGUAAUGCUUCAGUGGAUUCUCUGUGCUCGUUGUCUCUGAACAACCCGCAGUUUGCACAGAUGUCCCUCGACUUCUUAGUGGACAUGUUUAAUGAUGAAAUAGAAGAUGUGAGACUUAAAGCUAUUGAUAGCUUGACCAAGAUCAGCAAGUACACAGUUUUGAGGGAAGAUCAACUUGAAACCAUCCUCGGUGCCCUUAAGGACUUUUCAAUCGAUGUACGAGAAGGCCUGCACAAGAUGCUGUCAGCUUGUCGUUUGUCAAGCAAAGGAUGCCUACAGAUGUGUGUGGAGAGUCUGUUAGACAACCUCAAAAAGUAUCCUAUGGAUCGACGGUCAACAUGGCGUUGCCUGCAGAGGAUUGGACAAGCCCACCCUGAACUUACACUCCCACUUGUGCCAGAACUUUUGGCAAUUCAUCCCUUCUUUGACACCCCUGAACCAGAUGUGGAAGAUCCGUCUUAUAUUUGCAUCUUAAUAUUGGUGUUCAAUGCUGCCCAGCACUGUCCAACCAUGUUGCAACUGUUUGAGGAACACACACUAAAACAUUAUAGUUACCUGCGUGAUACCAUGCCCAACCUUGUGCCAGCUCUCAGGCUUGAUGGCUCAAGACGGUCAGCAGAGCUGGUAUCGGUAGAAACAGGCACAGCUCAGUUUCUUGAUUCCAUACUGGCCCGUAUGGAAGCGGCACCAAACCCACGAAUUCGAGAGGAGUUGCUAGAAGCUGCACAAAGAGAUUUGACCCGUCUUGCUACCAUUGACAGUGCUGUAGCUGGGGCCGCACAAUUUUCAGCUCUCUACAUUGGCAGUCAGUUACUCAUGGGGAAGCUGCUCUCCAACAGGCUGUGGGCAAAUCCAUCUACACUUGCUACUCAGCAGGGCAGCAUAAUUCGCAACUCCAUCACCCAGUUGCUGCAGCACUGCCUCAAAUUACAGCACUUGUUUGUGGGGCUGAAAGAGGAAGAUCUAGCAGCAGUAAAACAGUUUAAACUGAAGGCUUUGGCUCUACAGUUUGUCUAUAUCGUUAGAGCAAGCAAUUCCUCAGCCCUAGCUGUAUGUGAACACUUCCUGGAGCAAGUAGAAGACACACAGAGGUACUUGAGUGAACAGGGAUUGCAGCCAGAACCAUUCACAGCAUCUGUCUUCAAGGAAAUGGGACAGCUGGAGGACACCAAACCAGGUCCUGUAGCAAGAACUGUACUGCCACUCCUCCAGGUGUCAUCUCCAGCACCACCACCUCCCCCCAAUAUUGCUGUACGCAUGUCAACAGCAGUUAUCACGGAACCAACAGGUGAAGUUGAUGCAGCACUGAAAUUCACAGCAGGGCUCGUGGUUGGAGUACCUCUAGAUGCGGAACUGUGCAAUGUUCGAAACACUGCUACCUUGCGUGUGAAGGUAAAAUAUCCUGACCAGCAAACACAAUUAAUAGUUCCAAAACGUUCAGAUUUUCGGCCCAUGCUACUUUCUGACUCAGAAGGUAACAAUGUAACAAGUGAUACAUCUGAUACUGACUUCAGACUUCUUACGACAGUCCUUGUGUCCCAUCAAGUGUGGACGGAGGCUUGUACCAUAGAUGUUAGCUUAGCACUGGAUUUAACUGAUGUUGAGAGUGGACUGGGAUUAGGAACGGGCCUGGCCAGCAGGAAGGGUAUUGGUGCAGGAAUUGCUAAAACCGAUGGUGACCCCUGUGUUAUUGAUCUUUGUAAGCCUGUCAAAGUGUACGUUUCUCCGAAGCCUGUCAAAAGGGGGAUCUGAGAAAUGUAAAAAAAUCAGAAAAUGAAUUAGUAUCCUUCUACACGAGGGACAGAAGAUGAAUAUUUGCAUAUUAGAGUAAAUGUUUAUAGGCAUCACAUAGAAGCCUUUUACUCUGCUUCAUUGUCUGCAUUGACAGGUGUUAUAAUAAAGAUGAAUUCUUUUUAGCCUG